AGCUGUACGUGCCUCCACAGACAUUGCUAAGGCACAAUUAUUGACACUGGUUGGGUGUAGCAAAAUGGCUGACAUCGCUCGACAGGAAGUCUUUGUCAUGUGACCUGUAGGGUAUCGUACGUCCUUCCUGUAUGCCUGAAAACACAAGACAGGACAGUAUGUCUGGUGCACACUUUAGGAAAAUAUUUUUGGCAGCGGCGAACAAUGGAAGGUGUUUUUUUGGGAAGCACUUCAUGUUGCCUAGUCAGUGGUUUAAAGCUGCAUCAUAUUGCACAUCAAAUUCCAUGACAUGCGUGAGAAGGGGACCUCUGGCGAUUCAUGUGAAGGGAUAUUCCACAACUGAACAAGAUGAUGAAUAUAGUGGAAAACCAGUAAAAAAGAAAAAAGUUGACCCCAAUGCCAGAAAAGUGUUUGGAAGCAUUGGGCGUAAGAUCCCUUACCGCCUUAUUCACAUCAUUAAUGACAACGGAGAGGAUCUGGGAAACAUGCAUAGGGCUGACGUUAUCCGUAUUAUGGAUGAAAAAGGGCUAAAAUUGGUUCCCAUCAAGGAAAACGCUGAUCCACCGAUCUACAAACUGCUAACGGGCAAACAGAUUCAUGAAGAGCAACUGAAGCUUAGAGAGAAACAGAAACUUUCCUCCAGUCAUGGUACUGUGCAAAUAAAGGAGCUGUCCUUCUCAGCAGGCAUCGCAAAGCACGAUUUGGACAUAAAAACAAAGCAAAUCCUACACUGGAUUGAAAAGAAGCACCAUGUUCGUAUCAGUGUUCAGAAAGGGAGCUCUGCAGAGGGCAAUGACAAACUGGAAGUUUUAAAUCAGAUAACUGACGCUGUGUCCGAACAUGCUACUUGCGUGGUCAAACCUAAACUUAUCAAGGAAGGAAGGUCAGCAGUGUGUGUCCUAAGGCCAUGGUCUGAGAAGGAACUACGUGAGCAGAAGAAGAAGGUCAAGGAGCAGCCUCAAGGAACAGAUGUAUCUAAGACAGAAAGCACAGGUCUGGGGAGUGUGUAAACCAUCACCACUGAAAUGCCUACAUUGGGGCAUGACAGACUUUUUCGCCCUGGAAAAAAAAAAACAAGAACAAUAGAUGUCACAUUCAGUUUGGGGUUUUGCUUUUUUGAUGGGGACUAAAAAAAAAUAUGUAAAAUAGAAAAACCUGCAGUCUAAAUAACUUUAAUAUGGGAACAGAGAACAAAAAUGUGAAAAUUUAGGAUUGAAGUUGCUUGGGUCAGUGAGAUGACUUUCUGGUGACAGUUAAAUUGUGCAGAAAGGUGAGUGUGAGUUCUCUAGCCCAUAUGGGAGUAGACGCACAAUCACAACAAAUGGACACCAGGUAAUAAAUCAAACCGGAAGCACAUUCCCUGUUACACUGUUUUAUCUCUUGGUGAAGCUUGAGGCAAAUGACCUGAAGAGCAUUAAAAAGAAUAACACAACCUAAGAAAGCAGCCAAUAGCAAUCGGCCUUGCCGGCUAUACUGUCACUGUCCUGCAGCAACCUUAAAGGGGAACUAUCGCAAAAAUUUUAAUUCAAUAUACUGAAAUAAGAAACUAAAUACAAUCAAUUCAAUAUUCUGCAUUGUUUCUGAAAUAAUCAA